UAACCCAACUCCAUGGUGGCCACCUCUUGGUUGCCCACAUCUAACUCAUGCCCACCAAGUCCCAUUGGCCAACUCCUGGUUGCCCUCUGUUGGUUGCCCACCCCCAACUCACAGUGGCCACCUCUCAGUGUCCUCCAUCCACCCGCUUUCUGUCCCCACCACAGGACUCAGGCUGCUGGGGGGCCCACCUGAACCGGCAGCCGAAGGACCCUGGGACACGGCACCACCAACGGGCGUCGGCACCAGCACAGCUCUAUGGGAUGAGGCUGAAGGCCAACCUGGGCGCAGCCCUACAGGAGACGCCAUGGGUGCUCAGGAGGAGCCUGGCCCCCAGGAGGAAACCCACGGCACAGCGUGGUGAGCAGGCCGCCUCCACCACUGCCAUGGGCGAUGGCACUGAUGGUGGCGAUGGCGGUGAUGGUGGCAAUGGCAGUGAACCGACCGACGUCCUCCCCGCCGCCGUGCGCCGGCUGGCGCCGCUCAUCCUGGCCGCAGGGCCGAGGCCCCGUCCCCCAGCGGAGCGAUUCCAGCAGCUGAAGGAGACGGUGGCGCGGAGGUUGGGGUCGCUCGAUCCCAGGUGGCUGCAGCGGUGCCAGGGGACAGCGGAAUGCCAAGAGGGGACGCCUGGAUCCUCCGAGGAGGCACUGGGAUGUGGAAUGGGGACAGUGGGACGGGAAGAGGGGUCGCCAAGACCUGAAAUGGGGACACUGGGACAGGAAGAGGGGACAAGAGCUGGAGUGUGGACACCAGGACAGGAAGAGGGGAUGUUGGGACCUGGAGCAAGGACACGAAAACUUGAAGAGGGGACCCUGGGACCCAAAAUGGGGACGCCAGAGCACAAAGAGGGGACAUUAGGAUGUGAAAUGGGGACAAGAGCUGGCAUGAGGGCAUGGAAAUGUGAAAUGGGGACACUGGGACCUGAAAUGGGGACAGUGGGACGUGAAGAGGGGAUGCCAAGAUCUGGAGUGGAGACACCAGGACACGAAGAGGGGAUGCUGGGACACAACGUGGGGACACUGAGACCCAGGAGGGGGACAACGAGACGCAAAGAGGGGACAGUGGGAUGUGAAGAGGGGAUGCUGGGAGUGGCAGUGGGGCUGCCAGGACCUGAAAUGGGGACACCAGGACGCAAAGAGGUGGGAAGACAGAAGAGAGGGACACCAGGACCCGAAAUGGGGACACCAGGAGAUGAAGAGGGGACACCAGGACCUGAAAUGGGGACACCCAGACCCAAAGCGGCAUCUCAGGGUCAGAAAAGGGGGAGGCCAGGACGUGACGAGGGGACACCGGGACCCAAAGGUGACGGCUGUUGUGGCCACGUGCCCAAGGAUGGUGCCAGUGGCACGGCUGGGGACAGAGCUGCUGGUGUGAGAAAGCCCGGAGCCGCCCGUGGGAAGAGGCCAUGCCCAGAGGACGGCGGGGAGGAGCACGUGGCCACCCCAAAGCGGAGGAGGACAGCGCCAUCCCCAUCCGAAAACCUUCUGGGUGACUUCGAGGAGGAGAAGCAGCCCAGGGCACUUGGCAAAGCCAGAGCCCCUCAGCGGCCCCAUGGCAACUUUGUGCGCCUCAACCUGAAGAGCAGAUCCCACGUGCGGGGUGGCGCGCCGCGGGGAAGGCAACUCCGCAGGCAGGUGUGGAAGGAGAAGUGGCGGAAGAAAGCAGUGCGGUUUGGAGGCGGUGCAGCCCUGGGUCGGAGCUCUGAUGUUUGCUUCAGGUGCGGCGCAACCGGGCACUGGGCAGCGGCAUGCCGGGGCAGAGACACCGCUGCCCACGCACUGCCGCCAGCAGAACCUGUCCAUCCCAACGAUGAAGGAGAGGAGGAGGAGGAGGAGGACGAUCCCCUGCCCACGCUGGAGGAGGUGGCCCGCCGGACCAACACCAUUUACCGGGAGCUCCCCGCAUCGAGCGGUGACCGGGACAGAGCUGAGCUCGAGGGGCCAACCCCAUACCUGGACGUGCAGCGGCCACCCUACGAGCCCCCCACACCCCCUGCACCUGUGGAGCCCCUCUACAGCUUGGGGCUGGACGGGAAGCCACCAGAGACCCCUGGGGAGGUGCUGGACGCACUCUCGGAGCUGGGCUACAACUCAUUCCGCCCCGGCCAGGAGGUGGCCAUCAUGAGGAUCCUCUCAGGGCUCUCCACCUUGGUCGUGCUCCCCACGGGGAUGGGGAAGUCACUGUGCUACCAGCUGCCUGCCUUCCUGUACCACAAACGCUCGCGGAGCAUCGCACUGGUGGUCUCCCCAUUGGUGUCGCUGAUGGAUGACCAGGUGUCGGGGCUCCCUCCGUGCCUCCGUGCCGUCUGCGUGCACUCGCAGCUGAGCCGUGGGCAGCGGGACGCAGCGGUGCAGCGCGUGCGGGAGGGCUCUGCGCAGGUGCUGCUGCUCUCCCCCGAAGCGCUGGUGGGUGCAGGUGCCUCGGGCUCCUGCUGCUUGCCCCCCGCCCACCAGCUCCCGCCCGUGGCCUUCGCCUGCAUCGACGAAGCUCACUGCGUCUCUGAGUGGUCCCACAACUUCCGUCCCUGCUACCUGCGGCUCUGCAAGGUGCUCCGGGACCACCUGGGCGUCCGCUGCUUCCUGGCUCUGACGGCCACAGCCACCCUGGCGACGGCGCGGGACGUGGCGGCACAGCUCGGCAUCCCGCAGGAGGAUGGCAUCGCCGUGCGGUGUGCCGCAGUGCCGCACAACCUGCGCCUCUCCGUGUCCGUGGAGCAGGACCGGGACCGGGCGCUCGUCACCCUGCUGCGCAGCGAGCGCUUCACCAUGCUCCGCUCCGUCAUCGUCUACUGCACGCGCCGGGAGGACACGGCCCGCGUCGCCGCGCUGCUCCGCACCUGUCUGCAGGACGUGCCGCUCGCUGACACCACACCAGGAGCCAAGAGUGGCCGCCGCCUCCCCCCUGAGCAGAUUGCGGCCGCGUACCAUGCCGGGCUGUCGGCUGCCGAGCGGCGCCGUGUGCAAGCCGCCUUCAUGCGCGGCCACCUGCGCGUGGUGGUGGCCACCGUGGCUUUCGGGAUGGGCUUGGACAAGCCGGACGUGCGCGCCGUGGUGCACUACCACAUGCCGCGCAACUUCGAGAGCUAUGUGCAGGAGAUCGGGCGCGCCGGGCGCGAUGGCAAGCCGGCACGGUGCCACCUCUUCCUGGACCCCGAGGGCUCAGACCAGCAAGAGCUGCAGCGCCACAUCUUCACCGACGCCGUGGAUUUCUUCACCAUCAAGAAGCUGGUGCGGGCUGCCUGCCCACCGUGCAAGUGCCAGGAGCUGCAGCAGCUGCACCAAGACCUGGCCACGGUGGGCGGGGAGAGGGAGGAAUGGGGGGAGGGGAGCGACAGUGAGAUGGUUGCGCUCCGGGAGGACAACGGUGACAAGGAGCGGCAGAACGGUGACAUCGGGUCGUCAGAGCAGAACGGUGAUGCUGUGACGUCAGAGCGGGAUGGUGACACCAGGACGUCAGAGCAGAACGGUGAUGCUGUGACAUCAGAGCAGAACGGUGACACCGGGACGUCAGAGCGGGACGGUGACGCUGUGACGUCACAGCGGGAUGGUGACACUGUGACAUCAGAGCAGAACGGUGAUGCUGUGACGUCAGAGCGGGACGGUGACAUUGUGACGUCAGAGUGGGAUGGUGAUGCUGUGAUGUCAGAGUGGGACGAGGAGCGACAGCGUGUCUGCUACAAACACGAGCGCGCCAUCCCCAUUGAGAGCACCGUGCAGUCCCUGGACAUGAGGGAGGAAGCCAUCGAGACACUGCUGUGCUACCUGGAGCUGCACCCGCGCCACUGGGUCGAGCUGCUGCCCCACACCUACGCGUUCUGCACCGUGCGCUGCUACGGGGGACCCCGGCAGCUCCGGGCUGCAGCACAGAGCUGUCCCCCCCUCGCUGUCGCCCUGGCCCGCGAGCGCCUUUCGGGCCAGCAUCACCUCCCCUCGUCCUCCCUGCACUUCGACGUCGUCUCGCUCAGCGACUCCAUGGGCUGGGAGCUGCCACUGGUCAAGCGCGCCCUGCGCCGCCUGCAGUGGGACCAGCACCCAGCCGGCCGUGUGCUGGUGGAGUUCUCGGAGCUCUCCUUCCACCUCCGCUCCUAUGGGGACCUGAGCGCGGCCGAGCUGGACGCCGCCUGCUCCUUCCUGCACCGCCGGGUGCUGGCCCGCCAGGAGGGGGCAUUGCGCCAGCUGCGCGCCUGCCGCCGUGCCUUCUGCAGCGUGGCCUUUCAGGGCUGUGACCCACGGCCUGAGGAGGAGGAGGAGGAGGAGCGAAGCUGCCGGCUGAAGGCACUGCUGCGGGACUACUUCGAGAAGGAGACGCACGGCAAGGCAGCGCACGGCUGCGAGAGCGAGGAGGAGGAUGAGGAGGAGGAAGGUCCUGGUGAUGUAGAUGAGAGCCGUGUCCGCGCCGACAUCCGCCGCUUCCUCUCCAUCCACCGCGACGAGAGCUUCUCGGCCCGGGCCGUGGCCCGCAUCUUCCACGGCAUUGGUAUGGCACCACCGGGAGAUGGGAUCUGGCGGGAAAUCACCCCAAAAAAUACCAUUCCCUUCCCAUUUGGGAUUCCCAACUCUUCCCAUUUGAGAUUCCCAGUGCCUCCACCCCAUCCCCCCCCGGCCCCGGCGCGCCGUGCCUCACAUCUUCCAUGGCAUCGGUACAGCACCACUGGAAGAUGGGAUCUGGGGGGAAAUCACCCCAAAAAAUACCACCCCCCCAACCCCAGUGCGCCAUGCCCUCCCGCUGAGGCUUCUCGGGGGCUGGGGGGGGGGGUGUCCCUUGGCGCAGGCAGCCCUCGUUACCCUGCUCAGAUCUACGGCCGCGACCGCCGCUUCUGGCGGCAGCACCUUGGCGUCAGCUUCCAGCGCCUCGCCCGCCUGGCAGCACAUGAGAUCCUGGCCCUGCGCUGACGGCACCGCGCUUUGCUGGGCAUCCUCGAGGUCCUCCAGGUGUGCUCAUCAUCUCCAGGACAUACCCAUGAUCCACAGGAUGUUCCCCACGGUCCUCAAGAUGUUCUCAUUGUCACCAGGACAUCUCUGUUGUCCUCAAAGUGGUUCUCAUCAUCUCCAGGACGUCCCCAGAGUCUCCAAGACAUCACUGUGGUCUAAAGGACAUUCACAUGGUCCUCAAGAUGUUCUCAUCAUCUCCAGAAUGUCCCCACGGUCUCCAGGACGUCACUGUGGACCUCAGGAUGUCCCCGUGGUCCUCAAGAUGUUCUCAUCAUCUCCAGGACAUCCCCAUGGCCCUCAGGACAUCCCCAUGGUCCUCAAGAUGUUCUCAUUGUCACCAGGACAUCACCUUGGUCCUCAAGAUGUUCUCAUUGUCACCAGGCCAUCCCUGUGGUCUUCAGGAUGUCUCCAGGGUCACCAGGACAUCCCCAUGGUCCCCAUUGCGGAGCCACCGGGCUCCCUCCAUUUUCGGAUUGUUAAUGGUGCAUUUAAUAAAUGCGAUGAUUUUUUUUUUUUGUAA